AUGUUAUUAGUAAAGCUUACUGAGAAAAUAUAUUUUCCUGUCAAAAGGUUUCUUGUUCAGUCUUCUUGGACAUGUUUGGAUUUAAAAAUAAAUGGGUGGUCCAGUGCUUUGAUUUUUGCUGGUUACAUUGUUUUAAAUAGGCCGUGGGCGUUUGUGCAAUGGCUGGAGACAGCAACUAUUCAGGAAGAAUACAUUCUAAUGGCAGAACCUGACCACAUAUUUGUAAAUCCUUUGCCAAAUUUGGCUCAUGGAGAACAUCCAGCUGCAUUCCCUUUUUUCUACAUAAAACCGGCUGAGAACGAGAAAAUCAUUAGAAAAUUCUAUUCUGAAGAAAAAGGUCCUGUUACCAAUGUUGAUCCAAUUGGCAAUUCUCCAGUAAUCAUCAAGAAGGCAAUUCUGGAGAAAAUUGCGCCUACGUGGAUGAAUGUGUCCUUGCGGAUGAAAGGUGACCCAGAGACUGAUAAAGCUUUUGGUUGGGUUUUAGAAAUGUAUGCAUAUGCAGUUGCAUCUGCUUUGCAUGGCGUGCGGCAUAUUCUUCGCAAAGACUUCAUGUUACAGCCCCCGUGGGAUACGGAAAUUGGAAAGAAGUUCAUCAUCCAUUAUACAUAUGGAUGUGAUUACAACAUGAAGGGAGAGUUAACUUAUGGAAAAAUUGGAGAAUGGAGAUUUGACAAGAGAUCUCAUCUUCGUGGUCCUCCACCAAGAAAUCUCCCGCUGCCCCCUCCAGGCGUUCCUGAAAGUGUGGUAAGACUUGUGAAGGCAGUGAACGAGGCAACUGCGAACAUUCCUGGAUGGGACACAGAAUAACUAUCAGCCGAGAUUGGAGUAAAAUCUUCAAACUUCGAC